CCAGCGGCGGUUGGCGGUGGGAGGCACGUGUCGGGCUGGGCCGGGCCGGGCGUCACCAUGGCGGCGCCGAGCGUUGUUCCGGGCCGAGGCGUGGCGGCGGCGGCGGCGCUGUGGCAGUGGCUGUCGCUUCCUCAUUCAGCGCCGUAGGCCGCGUGAUGGGUAGAGCGGGCUCUCAUGGCUGUAUCCGGGAUGGCGAGCUCCGCUGUGGAAUCACUGUAUCCGCAGAGAAAUCCUACACUGAGUAAAAGAGAUGGAUUUGAAGACAUGAUGGAGGAUCGUAGACGAUGUAGUGAUCUGAAGUACGCCAUGAGAUAUUACACUCCAGUGCUUUAUAAGUACCUUGUGCCACGUACUCCUAGUGUUAUCAAAAGUGUUGUUUUGAAAUCUGAUCAAGUGCAGCAUGUCAUCAAGCAGUUAUCAAAAGAGACUGGCGAAUCUCCAGAUAUCAUUGGUGAGGAAGCAGCUGAAAUUUUGGAGAAGAUGGGUCAUGGACUUCGAUUAAGUGUUGUCCGAUUCUUUGCAUUCACUCUGAGCAAAAUCUUUAAAGCCCUGUUCCAGAAAGUGCGUGUAAAUGAGGAGGGAAUUCAGAAGUUACAUCAGGCAAUUCGGGAAUACCCGGUUAUUCUACUUCCCAGCCAUCGCAGUUACAUAGAUUUUCUCAUGCUGUCGUAUAUUAUGUACACUUAUGACCUCUGCUUACCUGUUAUUGCUGCAGGAAUGGAUUUUAUGGGAAUGAAAAUUGUUGGUGAGAUGCUUCGAAUGUCUGGUGCUUUUUUCAUUCGACGUUCAUUUGGAGGGGACAAGUUGUAUUGGGCCAUUUUUUCUGAAUAUGUGAAAACCAUUCUGCGGAAUGGAGAUGCUCCCGUUGAAUUUUUUGUGGAGGGGACAAGAAGUCGUACAGGGAAAUCACUGACGCCAAAAUUAGGUUUACUGAAUAUUGCAAUCGAACCUUUUCUGAUGGGAGAAGUUUUUGACACGUACCUUGUUCCAAUCAGCAUAAGCUAUGAGCGAAUACUAGAGGAGUCCCUGUAUGCACAUGAGCUUUUAGGAGUGCCAAAGCCAAAGGAAUCAACUUCGGGUUUGUUGAAAGCAAGGAAGAUUCUCAGUGAUAACUUUGGGAGCAUACAUGUUUACUUUGGGCAGCCUAUAUCCGUGAGAACUCUGGCAACUGGAGCAGUUAGAAGGGCUCAGUACAACUUGGUUCCCAGGCAUAUUCCACAGAGACCUUCAGAAGAUGUGUAUAAAUUUCUCGAUGCUAUUGGCCAUAGAAUGGUGCUACUGCAGCAAAAAAACAUGGUCAUUAGUCCUUGGCCACUAAUGGCUACAGUGCUCAUGCAGAACCUUCCUGGUAUACCAUUGUUGGAUGUCAUCAGAAAGACACUGUGGCUCAAAGAAAUCGCAGAAGCAUUUGGUGCUUUUAUUGACUGGCCUGCAAAUGUACCAUCUGAUAAGGUGAUCCUCUCCAGUCUUGCCCUACAUCGUAACAUUGUGAAGACAGUCAAAAACCAGGUUCUACUUUGUCAAGAGGAGACACAGACCACUUUGGAAAAGGUUUUUAAGCACACAGUCUCUGUGCUGAUGUGUGCAUCUUACAGAAAUCAGAUACUACACCUUUUUCUGCGUCCAGCGUUGGUGGCGAUUGCAUUUCAAAUUACAUGCAGUUGCAAGAGAGGGGAUGUUUAUGGCUGCUUUAGCUUUUUACAAGAACUACUCUCCAAUGAGUUUAUUUUCUUAACAGGAAACGGUGUCAAGGACUUUGACGAAGGGUUGUACUUGUUAAUGAAAUGCAAUGCCAUUCAGGUGUCUCACACUGAUCUUUAUGUCUCUGAGAAAGGCAAAUCCACAUUGUCCUUUUUGUCAAGCAUGUUCUGGCCUUUUCUGGAUGGUUAUCGGGUUAUUUGUAAAUACUUGCUGUCCAAAGAAUUUAGUGAGGAUUUUACAGAGAAAAUGUUUAUUACAGAAAUCCGAACCUAUGCAGCAGAACUAAUUUUAGCAGGUGCCAUAAAGUACAAUGAAGUGCUUUCUGUGGAUAUGCAGAAAAAUGCUUUGGCUGCUUUUGUACGACUGGGAGCUAUACACAAAAUCAAAACAGCUGAUGGGAUCGUCUGUAAGGUGAACAGGAGUGUUGUUGAAAAAGUGGCAGAAAUGUUGGCUUCGAAGAUUCCAAUGAAAAACACUGUUAUGGCAAGGCUUUGAGUGUCAUCCCUCGAUGCUCAGCAAUAUCCGAAUGAGCUGACUUUGUAUUUCAUGGUCAAGGAUGGAAUUGGUUUACAACGAUCCAUAGAAUGUCUUCAACAGUAACCUGGGCAGUGGUUCAGAUGAAAACUGUUGGGAGAUGGAUUUGAAUAACCGAUUGAUUUUUUGGAAGUUAAACUGCUUGAAAAACUGUGCUUCCUACAGGAGCAAUGACUAAGCAAACUACUAUACUAUGGAUUCUUAAACAAACUUAUAAUUGCCUUCACCUAUAGUGUCUUUUUUAAAUUUAGAUAAGUUAUGCCCUUUGAGUUUUGUUGGAUAUGAACAUUGAUAUACCUAUAUCAAUACUAAAGUGGGAACAUAGCCCUCAUUUAAAUUGUAAGCGAGCUUACUGCUACACUUGUAAUUAAGUGUAAUAAAUCCAUUUGAGAAAGUUUACAGUUGUUCAAUUGAGUUCUGUAAUGAAUUGUGUAAUUUGGAAGUCAGUUAUGUUUACAGUUAAACUACUGUA